AUGAAUUCAACUGGAAAUUUAAAAGUAGCGAAGCCAAAGACUUCAAGAAGAGCAAGACGAACACUCGUUUGUCUUCUAUGUAAGAGCAAGAAAUUGAAAUGUGACAAAGGUAGACCUAGUUGCCAGAGAUGUAUAGAAUCUAAAAGAUUAUGUGUUUAUGAGAGCGAUAGUCAACCUUGUAAUACUGCAAUUAGCCCCAAGGAUGAACAUCUUUCAUCGAAAGACCCAAUUCGUGAAAAGUCAUCCAUAUCUUUCAUGACGACUAAUACUAAUACUAAUACAAAUAGUUCUCCAGAUGGAAACCAAGUAAUGACACCGAAUACUUUACCAUCUGUCAAUUAUAUAAAAUCUUCAUAUCUCCCAAACGAAAACAAUAGUAUUGUUGCUCAACCAAUCAUUACCCCAAAUUCUUCUGCACCAUCGGGACUAGAUUCAGAUGUAACAUCAGAUAUAUAUAGUAUGAAAAAUAAUAACUGGAACCGUAAUCAUGCUAGAGAUGAUCACCCAACUAUGGUGUCUCCAAGAGAUGCUCUAUCCGAUAACAAAGGUACUUCUUCGAAAUUGAUGCAAACACCUUCAGAUUUAAAAAUGAAGCCCGAAAGGAUCACUACUGUUCCUAAUAUUAUGAUGGAUCUUUGGAACCCCAGAGACAUUUUAGUAUCAUACGGGUCUACUACGUAUUAUGAUUUACCCUAUGGUACCCAUAGCGUUGCUCAAUCAGACCCAUACCUAAGAGCUUUAUGUGGAUGUCUACAUGGUGAUACAAUUACUGAGUUGAGAGCUAGACUCACCUCAAUUUCAACCAACACACCUGGUCUAAGUAGAAACAUCCCAGUUGGUAAUCAGACACCACAAAGUGAUACUUCUAUAUUACUUGAUAACAAUCACUAUAAAUUAAAGGAAAAUGCAGAUUCUCCAGAAAGGGAAUUACAUCCAUUGAAGUUCAUCGAGAAAGCUAUUGUAAAAUGGAUCGAAAAUUCGAACGAACAGGUCUCUAACCAAUUACCUUUAGAUUAUUUUAACACAACUUAUACUAUUGAUGAUUCUAUGGAUCCCAAUUUACUUUCUUCUUUACAAACACUGAUACGAGAAAUUGAAUUAAUUUUAAUGGAUAAGCCUGUUAUUGAUUCUUUAUUGAGAAAAUUCUACGAAGAGAUAUAUCCAUUUUAUCCUCUAUUUGACAUUCGUACUUUCGAAACUAAUUUAAUAUACAUAUUGAUGAACUCUAACGGGAAAAGGUAUGAGUUUAAUGUCUAUAAUAAUAAUAUUAGGAAAAAAUUAGAGAUGCUAGUAUUGUUUUUAAUCAUUCUGUCAAUUACUUUGAGAAGCCCUAAUUUAGAUAGCGAACAAUAUCGUAUAGAUAAAAACGUUGCAGACAAUUCAGCUAGACAAUUAUUAAUUUACGCUCAAAAGUUGUUAUCUUUGUUGAAUGGGUUUAAAUUUACAAAUGAGAAUAUUAUAUGUUGUUUGUUAUAUUUUUUCAUUGCAUCCUUAUUAAAUCCUGAGAAUAGAGAUAUUGAUACAACACAUGAUAGAGUUCUAACGUUGAGGUGCAUCGAAAAUUUAUCAAUGACUAUUGGUCUUUUUAACGACCCUGCUUUAUAUCCGAGAUACACAAAAGAUCAAACUAAAAAUGAAGCAUUCCACGUGUUUAGAAGGAAACUUUGGAUCGGACUUCAAUCUAUGAAAUUGGAAAUACUUACUUCUAAUGGUGGGUCCAAUUGCUUGGAUGUCCAAUAUUUGAAUACCUUCUUGGGGUCAACUCCAGAUUUGAUUUCAAAUCUAAGUUCCAAAUUAGAAACAUCCUCCGAGGUUGAUAGAAGAAUAUUUUCAAUUCAAGAGGAUAAAUAUCAUUUCCAUAUUUUGUUGUCCCGUUUGAUGACCUCAUGUACUGCAAUAGGUCAACAACAAAACUUACAAGAAAUUUUAGAUAAUAUUAAGAUUGUUUUAGAUUUUAUGCACCAACGGUUCCCAUUGUCAAAAUUAACCCAAACAACUGAUUUUAAAAAUAUUAUUGUCGAGCCCAGUUGGAGAGGGGCAAGAGUUGACGUUGGUAGUUUAGAAGCCAUUGAAAUAUUCCAUGUUAAUAUACUUGGCCUGUCAAGUGUUAUGAGUAUUUACAAUAAAUUAAUAUUCCAUUUUGAAAAAGAAUGUAUCAAUAGUUCUGAAAAAUAUGAGAGAUACUAUCAUAAAUUUUUCUUAGAGGCCAUUAAUAUAUAUUUACAACUGGCUAACUUAAUAACAGAUUUCCUAAGGGAUAAAUAUGACCAUGUCAUGUCAUCCAAUCAAAAAUAUUCCAUUAACAAAUAUAUCGUAUUUUCAUUAGUUAGACUGUGGUUGGUAGAGAUGUCAUACGCGGCCAGGUUCUCAUAUAAGAAGGAAAUUUUAAAACAGCAGAGAUUAGCUAGCUCCAAUGAUUUUUUCAAUGAACAACAUGAAGAAGAUAUACAAUUGAAUUCUAUCCUUGUGUUUAAUAUAUCACAUAUUAAACAACAAAUGGAAACAACAGUAAACCUUGCGGUGGAAAAAUUACAAGAUCCUUACUUUGGAUGUUACCAAGCAACAUUGAUGGUGAGAUAUCUACUGUAUGUUAUGAAUAACGCUGGUCUUGCAGAGGUGAUAAACAACUUUUGGGAUAGAGCCUUCAAUACUACAGAGAUUCCGGAGUACGUACUUCAAAAAUUGAAUAUGAAAUGGGGGUUAAGUACGAAGGGUACAAAUUUCGUGGCAAAAUAUUUAAUGAAUCCAGAAUCACUACAAAAUUUGAACUUGUCAUUAUUGAAGCAAGUCCAAUAUAUGUUUGAUGAAACUACAUUUUACAACCAUCCAACUUCUGAAGCUUUCGAGAUCGAUAAUUCGCCACCUGGAUUCGAUAACGAAGAGAUGUUAAAUCAAUUCCUUGAAUCAAACUUUGAUUUGUUCUUAGGUGUGAUAAAUGAUAAUUUGGGUGAAUUGCCGUCUUUGUAA